UCUUUGUCAGGUCGCGCGGUGAGGAGCAGAGUAUCUUCCUCCUCCUCCUCAUUCACUCACGCUCUCUCCUCAUUGCCAUAACAACGGAUGCAGCGCAUCAGUCCGCGCGGGAUCAACGUUCAGCAGCCGCGCGGGGCGGAAUAAACCCGCACCGGUGCCAUUAAGACUCCGCAAAGGUGACACACGCGCCUCUCCAAACUGUUUAAGCUGCUUGAGGGAGAUCCUCACCGGGGUUAUUCGGUAACGGUACAACCGGGGAAGGCGAGGGAAGAAAGAGAAGCAGAGAGCAGGAAGUGCAGCGUGGGAAAGCGGGGAAAAUCUCCAGAGAUCUCCAGCGCUCACUUCUCCAUCUACGGUCCUCCCCGUUAUUUAUUUUUUUCCCGUCAUGGCUCGGGAGAACGGAGAGGCCGGCGGGGAUUGCUCGUGGAAGAAGCAGGUCGAUGAUAUCAAGGAGAUGUUUGAAUUCAAAGAGGUGCUUGGGACGGGUGCGUUCUCAGAGGUGGUCCUGGCAGAGGAGAGGUCCACGGGAAAGAUGUUCGCUGUGAAGUGCAUCCCUAAAAAAGCACUGAAGGGCAAGGAGAGCAGCAUCGAGAAUGAGAUUGCCGUUCUACGCAAAAUUAAGCAUGAGAACAUAGUGGCGUUGGAGGACAUCUAUGAAAGCUCCAAUCACCUCUACCUAAUAAUGCAGCUGAUGGCACGGUGGGCCACGACCCAGAUCACAGCGAACUGGAAGAUGAAGAAUGUCGAUCUGGACAGAGAGGAAGAGAGAGGGUGGCAGUCUGCUCCAGAAGUUCUCGCUCAGAAGCCAUACAGUAAAGCUGUGGACUGCUGGUCUAUCGGGGUCAUUGCCUACAUCCUAUUGUGUGGUUACCCUCCCUUUUAUGAUGAGAAUGACUCCAAACUCUUUGAGCAGAUCCUGAAAGCGGACUAUGAGUUCGAUGCGCCGUACUGGGAUGAUAUAUCUGAUUCAGCAAAAGACUUCAUCAGUUGUUUGAUGGAAAAGGACCCAACAAAGCGAUACACAUGUGAACAGGCCCUUCGACAUCCCUGGAUCGCAGGAGACACUGCGCUCUGCAAGAACAUCCAUGAGUCUGUCAGUAGACAGAUGCGCAAAAACUUUGCAAAAAGCAAAUGGAGACAAGCCUUCAACGCCACGGCCGUGGUUCGCCACAUGAGGAGACUGCAGUUGGGCAGUAGCAUGGGGAGCAGCAUGGACCAAUCAAACAACGCCAACCAGAACCGCAUACUGAACGCCAACCAGACUCCAAACACCACUGCGGCACUUACCCAAAACCACAAACCUGCUCCCAAUGCAAACGCCGUUCUUGUUAACGAUAUGGCCACCUCUAUACCACGCAAAGACUGCACUGCCCCUCCCCACACUUCCUGUUCCCUGGCAUCAACUGCUUCCUCCUCUACCUCAGGGGCGGAGCCCUGCAGGCCACUCCCUCCCUCAGUUGCGUCGGUGAGCACAGUGCUAACUGGGACCAAGUGACGCCAGGUUCUGCGGGGAGAGAGCUGGGAGGCCACUGCCCUGUGAGCCCUGCCCCUCAGCCCACUCCCCGCCCUGCCGUCCAGUAAGGCAGAGGACUGACCCAUCGCCAUAGCAACCACCGAGAGGCUCAAAACACUGCGCGCGCCUAACGCACUCCUGCCAUUUAACCUCCAGGCCACUAGAGGGUGCAAUGCAUGCAGCGGCAGGAGAUGGAGAUUUCCAGCAGAAGGCUUCCAUUUUGAGAAGUGAAUUCGUGCGGCUGGACAGAACUGUGAUGUCUUUGCUAUGAAUGUGCUACGAACCUCGCCAGCCAUGAAAAAAAAAAAAAACAACGAAGAGUGCAGAGGUUUAGGUGCGAAAGCGUGUGCAUGAUCGUGUCCGCCCUUAUAGGAGGAUGGCGCCAAUGUCAAAUGAUUCUUCUUACUAUAUCGUAACAUGUCUAGCUCUUCCCUCUUUUCCCUGUUUACUUUCUCUAUCUACUCAUGAUUUAUUGUAUUUCUCGUUAGCUACCAUUUUGAUCUUUCGGGGUUUUCCACUGAUGUGUCACGCUGACCUGCAGAAGUGCUUUUAAUAAUCACGUUAGACUGUUUUGCGACAUUUUUCGAGUCGAGACUUCUGUUUGCACAUUUAUACGAGAGAACAGGUAGCGCAAUUGCUAGCGUUUUACGAGAUGGGAGAUUACCGAUUUGCGACCUCGCCAUCGGGUUUUAGCAUCGGGAAGUUCAAGAUAUCUGUUAAAACAUGCAGUAUGUUUGAUUGUUAUCUUACUUUACUGGAUUUUUUUUUUUUUAAAGCUGAGAGAAAAACAGCUUGAUCCUGUUACUCUGCUUCAAACGUGACUUUAAAUACACACAGACAGUCACUGUUAGUUAUUGAAUAUAGUAUAACUGUUAAUACGCAACACAAAUCUCCCAAAAAGCCAUGGUAGCGUCUUUCUACGCCCAGUGUACGAGUUCUCAGGGAAUUCCGCAGCUGCACUGGGCAACAGUGAUGGUAUCUUCAGUAACGCCUCCAUGGUUUGAGAUUGUCUCAUCCAGCUGGAAUAAUGUCAAAAAUAUCGAUUAGGAUGGACAGCUGUUUAACUCUCACAAUGAUUGUAUGACAAUUUGACCAUGCGGGAAAACUGAUAUGUUAUGCUAUGUUCACGCCGUUUCGGAAUUAACCUACCGUGAUUACAAACUCCUGAUAGAGAGCAAAAGUCGGGUUCUGGAAGUAAAUCCCAUCAGUUUUCUCAAUUGGAGAUUUGAUUUUUAACCAUAACUUAUAAGCCUUUAAUCACCUACUGUGAGCUACGAGGUUGUUUAUCGAUGGUAUAUGAUUUUUUUUUUACAUUUAUCGAUAGCAUUAUUUCAACAUUUUUUAACAAAAAUGUUCAACUGUGGGAGUCCUAGUAAAAAACUAUAUUGCCCAUGAUUCUGAAAAAACUACACUCCCAUGAACCACUAAUGCUAAUGACUGAUGUAAUCUGCCUACACUUUCAAACUACUUAAAUAUUUGUAUAUAUAUAUAUAUAUAUAUAUGCAUAUUUUGCAAUAUACACAAUCAUACA